AUGGACCAGGCAGGGGACGUGCCACUGGUCCAGCUCAACUUCACAGUCCUGUCUGUGGAGAGCCCGUUUGAGCGUCACGUGGUGGAGGGCUGUGUGAGAGAGACUCUGCUGGUGUUGCUGAGAGCCGUGGCCGCCGGACGCUCAGUCCUCUUCACCUUCCACGCCAUCGGAGAGCUGUUGUUCUGCCGGAGCAAAGUCAAGAUGAAGUUCUACCACGACUUUGUCACCUCCCUGGACGGCAGCGGGAAGCUGCUCUUGGCACUCUCCAAUAGACCUGGCACCAGCAACUCUGUCCUGUUUGAGAGAUCCAGCAUAACAGGGACCAGCAACGCCAUCAUCCUCCCCAGGAUCUCUUCCGAACAGGGGGGGAAGGACUGGGGAGAGGAGGCCCUGGCCCAGGUCCAGACAGACUCAGACAGGAGGAAGAAGAAUGGAGUGUUGGAGAGAAAGUUAUGUUACCACGUUUACCCAGAAUCCCUGGUGACUCCGCAGUCCAGAUCCAGACACACCCUGCACCCAGCCAAGGUCAACGGGAUCAGUCUCACUGAUGACCUGGAGCCCAGACCUCCAGCGGAGACCAACACUGACAGGUCCACAGUGUCUAUCCUACCACUGGAGGGCGCUGCUCUGAAGGAGGGGAAGGUGAAGAGGGGGGACUCUCACCUGGACAUGCCCUGUGUCAACCACAACAGGGCUGGACAGGCAGACCGUCUGGAGAUACGUGAGAACAACCAGAAGGUGGCAGCGUUCAACCUGGCCGUGUCUGAAGCCAUGAAGGAGAAGAAGGUUGCUCGCUCCUCCCACUUCCAUGGUUCGUACAUCUUCAAGGGCCGUCCCCUCACCCCUCCCAGGGUCCAUAAGCAGCGCGGCUACAUGCGGGAUCUGCGGGCCCAGGCGGAGUGGAGGAAAGGCCAGGUCAGCCAGACUCAGCAGGACCAGGAGCUCAUCGACCUGCUACAACAGGUCCAGCUGGCACAGGAAAUCGCCUUGCAAAAGUCCCAGCAGCUCCACCUGAGACAGAAGAACACUAGCUGCUACAAGAAAGCCCUGGAUACACAGGUGGAAUACCAGGGCUCGGGCCUCCCAGCGCGCCUGCCCGACUCGGACGGCCCUGUGUUUGGCCAGCUGGACUGUAGCCCUGCUGGGCUGUCAGAGCAGAGGCAGCGGGCGGAGAAGGUCUACCAGGAACAGCUGACCACGGCUAAUAACAAGAGAAAAGAGCUGCUCCUUAACCGCAGCACCAAACAGAAGAACGAGAGAGAGAUGCUCAGCAGGAACAGGAAGGAACUGAUAAAUGACCACAUCAACCGCUUUGAGAAGCUGCGUGACCUGCGGGCCUCGUUGGAGGACACCUGGAGACGCAGCGCCGACCUGAAACGCCACCGAGACAGAGAGGAGAAGGAAUUCAUCAAGUCUGGGAGCAGUCUGCUGAUUGACCAGUGUGAGCAGUACCGCCGCUGUUACCAGUGCAAGAGGAAGACAGAGAACUGUGGAGAGACAAACAUCUGGAAAGAGUCUCACUACAUCCCUGGCUCUCGCCUCAUGGUGUAG